CACUCGUCCGGUACGGGUCAGCUGUGGCCGGGAAUGCACUUAUGAAAAUCGACCAUGAUUACGUGAUAACGGCCGGCCAGCGCUCAGUCCAGCCAUGCUGGACUACAUACUGCCGGACUUCUUCGUCGACGAAAAGGCUCGAAUGUCCUUAGAGCCUUUGGUUCAGGAAGGAGCCCAGAACGGAGCCCUAUGCCACAGCCGGAGCUGCAGCCCCACGACGGGUUUCCAGAACCCAGCAUUCCGAACGGACGUCGUACGAGAGCCCUGCAAGGUGCCAGCCGCUACACGGAAUGUCGUUUCGCAACAAGAACGGCCCCCUGUGCAAGUAGUGAACGACAACGCUUCAACAAAAGCUCGCAGGCGAGACGAACGCUGCUGCUGCGUGGAGGCGGCCGACCAGCGCUUGCCGGCGCCGGCAGCGACGACCGCAGGUUCUCCGGAGAAGCCUUCGACCAAGUCCAGCACGCCGUCACCGUCGACGUCGUCGGCCGUGGCCGCGUCCCGCAGGGCUGGCGGCGACGGCGGCGCCGACGGACGCAUCCAGACACGCAUUGGCGCCGACCUUACGCCCUUUCAUACGGCCGUCAUCUCCGACUCUGAAAACACGACGGCCUCGGAGUUCGUGUCAGAGAGGAUACAGACCCUGGUGCGAGCCUUUUCUCACCGAUCACAGCGAGUCAAGGAACGCAUCGCAGAACCUCCCACGCCAAGCCCAACCCCGCCGCCGGAGAAGCGCGAGGACUACGAGAGUCGGCUGCGGUUGGAUUCGUUCGCACUCGUCGAAGACGUGCCGGCCGAGAGCCAGGCCGACUCGGAACAGUUCAUCAGGAUAGGCUGUUGCUCUUUUUCUAAGAAGGCCUGUACUUUUCCAAGGACCAUCGACCCUCAAAGCAAGCUGUACGUAUCAUGGCAACUGGCAGUGAGCGUGUGCUUCCUGUACAAUUGCUGGGCCAUCUUUCUACGCGCUGUGUUCCUGGAAGGUUCGCACGCCGACGAGGCCGGCUUCUUCGCCUGCGACUACCUGUCCGACCUGGUGUACCUGCUCGAUAUAAUUCUCUUCAAGUCGCGCAUCAGGUUCCACUCCGCCGGCAUGUGGGUGGAAGAUCCCAAGCUCACCCGACGGAACUACUUCCGCAAGCUUAUAUUUAAGAUGGACGUAGCUUCCCUGCUUCCGUUGGACAUCCUGUACUACUUUUACGGCGUCAACCCACUGCUCAGGUUGCCGCGUAUGCUCAAGAUACAGACAUUCUGGGAAUUUUUCGACCGCAUUGAUGCCCUCGCCAAGUCGCCUUAUGUGAUCAGGGUCUUGCGAACGCUUCUUUACAUGAUGUACCUGAUCCACCUCAACACUUGCGCCUACUAUGCCAUCUCCAAGUACGAAGGCAUCGGCUCCAACCAGUUCGUCUUUCAAGGCGGAAACAAGACCGCGUACGUGCGCUGCUUUUAUUUCGCCUUCAAGACGGCCACGUCGAUCGGGAAGAAUGCGAAGCCUAGCAACGAGCUGGAGUACGCGUACAUGACGCUCUCGUGGUUGCUGGGCGUUUUCCUGUUCGCCUUCCUGAUCGGCCAGGUGCGCGACAUCGUGGCCACGGCCACGCAGGGCCGCACACAGUGCCGCCAGGCGGUCGACGCCUGCGUGCGACACCUGCGCCGCCUCGGCCUACCCGACGACCUGCAGAGACGCGUCCGCCUCUGGCUCAAUCACACCUGGGCUCAGAAGAAGACGCUCGACGAGAACACCAUCUUGGCCACGCUCCCUAGAAAAAUGAAGACCGACAUCGCCAUAAGCGUCCACUACAACACACUGGCCAAGGUUCAAUUUUUCCAGGACUGCGAGCGGUCAAUGCUGCGAGACCUAGUGCUCAAACUGCAGUCUGUUCUCUUCCUUCCUGGUGAUUACAUCUGCCGCAAGGGAGAAAUCGGUGUGGAAAUGUACAUCGUCAAUAAAGGGGUCAUCCACGUCAUCGGAGGAGAAAACAACAACGUUGUGCUCGCAACGCUCACCGAAGGCAGCGUGUUCGGGGAAGUGAGCCUCCUCGGGCUACCCGGCUUCAAUCGGCGCACUGCUGACGUACUCUCGGUGGGCUUCUCGAACCUUUUCGUGCUCAGCAAAGACGAUCUGAACGACGUCCUGCACGACUACCCUGACGUCGAGGCCAUGCUUCGCCGCAAAGCCAAGAGUCAGAUGAUGAAGAACAAGGCGUCGAACGAGAAGACACUGGAGGGCAAAGCGCGGCGCAUCCACGUCGAGCCAAUCAUUAAGACACCUCCGGCCAGGCCCAAGACUCCCAAACUGGUGCAGACAGUGUUGCAGGUACUGCGGCCAGAGUCUAAAACCGGCUCAGCCCUAGCGAGACGCGUUUUCGGCGGCCGCGCGAGCCAGCGGCCUACAAGCGGCAGCGAGUCGGACAGCAGCAGCAACUCAAGCGAAGCCAUGGGGCGGCCCACGACACUGAGCUUUCGCGAUGAAGACGGCGUGGAGAUGCGCGUGGACACCUACCACGAUGUGACGCAGAACGCGCUCACUCUGAGGGCAACUUCGGCAUCGGGACUUCGCGUCCCGCGCUCAGUGCCACCGCGCUGCAAGAGCUCGCCUGCAGUUAUACGGCAUCCGGAAGAGCGGCGACCCCAACGACCUACUCCACUGAUGCGGCGGCCGCGGCCAUCGCCGCUUUUGCUGCUCAGCCGCUGCCUAGGCACUGACAGUCCAGAGUCGGUGCGCCGCCACUGGCGACCGCUAACGGCACGAAGCCGCGUGACACCGCUGACGCCGCCGGUGCCGCACGACCUCGCCGCCGCAGACGGAUCCGUCACCGCCGACAACGACGAGGCCGCGGCGCCGCAGCGGCACAGUGGUGACUCGGCGCCAUCAUCUAGGGCGAGUCUCCGGUCCGCGUCGCUCUCGGGCAAUGAGCUCUCCGACAGAGACGAGUUCCACCUCGUGUCGCCCGGCUUCCCGUCCAGCUCGUCGCCUAGCUGGACGUUCGAAGAGCCUCCGUGCUAGAGGGAUGCCGUGACAACACCACAGCUUGCUGUUGAGUUACUCGAGCAACCCGCAAAUUAGGAGCUCCACUUCCACAAGAGAGCUGCAGUGUUGCACCGAAAAUUUCAAUGCUGACGGCUUUCUCUGAACAGAAGACGCAUAGGCACAGCUGCCAAGUUACCUGACAGGCAGAGGCAUUGCCGCAGAAAGUCAUCGUCCUUCCGGGCGCAGAAGGUUUGCCAUGGCGCAGCGAGUUUGCCGGGGAUGUACCUACCCAACAUCCUUCUAAUUUUCACUCACAUUCUGCAAGAAAGAUACCACCAUAACUCGCGGGUGACUUCGGGCUAAGCGACAAGCCAGUGGCAAAGCAACUUCUUAAGGCCAUCAUGCCAGUUCUUCGCGUAACGUGGAUACUAACUUAUCGCAAAGCGCGCUGAAAAGCAUCAAAUAUUCAACGCAAGGUUCAGUCUCCGCCAGGCAUACAUUGUAGAGUGAAGCCACAUAGGCAACGGCAGAGCAUGUUGGCCUAUGUACUUGAGCGUUGAAGCAAACACUUGCGACGGGACGUACUUCUACGAGGCAACUGAGCGAGACAGGUAGAAAUAUUACCCUGUACAUUUAUUACUAGCCAUGUACAAUAUUCCAAUCGGAGCACAAUGUGGGGCCAUCAUACCAGUAGCGUAGCCAGAUUUUUUUUCGGGGGAGAGUGCACUUACUUGACCAGGGACGGGAACGAGGGUGAGGGAAUGCUGAGCAGGCUGCAUACUAACAGAAAUUUCGGGAGGAGCACAUGCCUGAUGUGUCACCCCCUGGCUACGCCACUGAAUCAUACCCGUGCAGCGAUGUCUUCACGAGCACGCUAAACCAUUGUGUCCAUAAGUUUCUACACUGUACAGUUCAUCCAUCAAGGCGCCACAGCAGCUUUAGCUGCUUUUCAAUGCAAAAGCCAAAUACCUAUAUUAGCGCAGCUUCCCGUUAUUGUCAUAGAGUACUUGCAGUGCAAGGCCUUAACUAUAACGUAAAUAAUAAAAUAAGCACCCUUUACAAAUCGCACCGACCUUUCCCACUUUUGCGGUUGCUUACUCGUUUAGUACUUACUUGCACCAUGUAACGGUUGCACUCAAGUGUGUUACCGAUAAGCACCGGUGCAUUAUUUAAAAACACUUUUCAACACUUAACUUGCGUAUCGACAGCCCUUCCGUGCCGUGCAUAUUGCAUGACUGUUUCCAAUAUCUUUCCGCGCAUGAAGGCAAUACAUGCAGCUACACAGUACUUACGUAGAGGUGCGUAGUCUGUGCUCUUGGUAGGCUCACACCAUGUGCCAAAAUGCUUUACACAUGUUCACACAACCUUUAGGGCGUACUGUACAAGACAAUUUGAGAGCUACGUGUUGUGGUAGAUUUGUAAGUUGACGAGGCCAUGAUCAGUCAGUUGAGUCAGACUGUUGAAAGGCUGGAACCAGUUUGAGACUUCUGGCGGUGUCGGAGGUGCCGUAAUAAAUUCAGUGCUUAAAAUGAAGUGACCAGUUCUAGAACCAUGGAAUGAUGUUCAAUCAAUGAACGAAAGAGGUAUUCACACUGACAUAGCACAAGUUAGAAAAGCUGAGAGUUUAUAAGCUGCAAGCUGCAGCCAAGGAAGUUGCCUGCAGAACAUACCUAUUUGUUUAAUAUUUACAAAAGUGUGAUAAAAUAGUUAAACUGACUAAUAUAGUAAAUCUGUGGUGAACAUUUUGUAGAAAAAUUCGGUUAAACUCCACAAAUAAAAAGAAAACUGAAAGAAAAGGCAAUUUCAUUCAAGAAAAUGCAUGAAUUUGAAUUAGCACAGCACUAGGUUCAUUUUUGUGUUUUGCUUAGCAUAAGUUUGACGAAUGUUCAAGACAUGCGAACGCUAUCAUGCAGUUCGGCUGCAGUGACAGCGACAAUUAACCAAUAGUUCCUUCAAGCACAUAACUGCACAUGCACGAAAUAACUACAAAAUCGAAGGGUGAACGCAGCUCCGUGUUCCUUUCCUUGUUCUGCUUACACAGUUUAACGUUGCACGAGCCGUACAGAGUCAAUAUACAUGUGCCCUUAGGUCGCUAGGCUGCACGAGUUCUUGUAGCUUAAAAUGAACAUACAUUCAUUUCAUGCAAGACUACGCAAAUAUAAACUAUUUUUCUCUACAACAAGCUAUUCACUGCGUGCAAAAGAAAGAGGGAAAAAAAGAAGCUUCGUUGACGAGAAAAAAAAAAGCGUUGCAUCGGUGACACCUACUUUGAAUACUAAAAACAAUUAGGAUAAAUGCAUACAGUUCUUGGAAUGAAGUCAUAGGAGGCAGAAAGUGAGUGAUGCCGUACAGCUGUUCUUCCACUCCUGAACAGGCCAACCACAUCAAGCAACUUCUGUGGCGCUCCUGGUAAACGUUGAAACCAGAAGGCUUCCUCAAUUUGUACCCACGCUUUCGGCACCUCGUGUGCACUGCAAUUGAGUGCUCAUCUUGCAGAACCACGAUGACAAUGUCGUUUUCUUGCAUGAAUGAAAAAUCGCCUUUCAGCGAAUUCAGCUUGUGCCGCGAGCUAAAGCCACACAAUUCCCUUUGUUCAGGCAAGGACCGCGGUGUGGUUGGCAAAAUGGUUCACCCAACGUCACACGAUUGGGUGCCCCUCAACCGGCACAGAAAAAAACAACCGAGAUUGAAAGGAUGCUUCCAGCUAACAGAGUGCCGCCACGAUGACCGAUAUCUCACAGGCAGAGUAAAAAACUGAACAUGCUCAAGCAACUGUUACAUAAUUCAUUUGUUGCAUCUGCAAGCACGCCAUUAUCUUCGAGAUGCCACACAAAGGCAUUUAAAUUGCGAAGUGUCACAUAUGUCACAAAACGCAUGGAAAGUGCAACAUCUUAUUACAUAAACAGUCCAGUUACAUCUCUUACUGUAGGAUGUCUUGCUGGUGCGCGUAAGGUGAAUAAACUUUUGUCAAUUAGAGGCGCUUUCCCUCAUGUAUACUUGAAAGGUUAACUACCUCGACUGUUCCUUCGUGAAACUAGACAU